CGAGGGGGACGCGGCCGGGGAUGAGCGGAUUGCGGGUAAACACGCCGCCGACGGGCCCUGAGAGGCCGUGAGAAGCCGCUUUUCUCCGAGUUGCCGCCCCGCCCGUGGAUUUGAGAUCAUGUCCAUUCACAUCGUGGCGCUGGGGAACGAGGGGGACGCGUUUCACCAGGACAAUCGGCCGUCGGGGCUCAUCCGCACUUACCUGGGGAGAAGCCCUCUCGUCUCGGGGGACGAAAGCAGCUUGUUGCUGAACGCGACCAGCACGGUUGCGCGCCCCGUGUUCACCGAGUAUCAAGCCAGCGCGUUUGGGAAUGUCAAGCUGGUGGUCCACGACUGUCCUGUCUGGGAUAUUUUUGACAGUGAUUGGUACACCUCUAGAAAUCUAAUUGGAGGCGCUGACAUCAUUGUGAUAAAAUACAAUGUAAAUGACAAGUUUUCAUUCCAUGAAGUAAAGGAUAACUAUAUUCCAGUGAUAAAAAGAGCAUUAAAUUCAGUUCCAGUAAUCAUUGCUGCUGUUGGUACCAGACAAAAUGAAGAAUUACCUUGUACAUGCCCACUGUGUACCUCAGACAGAGGGAGCUGUGUUAGUACAACUGAAGGGAUCCAACUCGCUAAAGAACUAGGGGCUACCUAUCUUGAACUGCACAGCCUUGAUGACUUCUAUAUAGGAAAAUAUUUUGGAGGAGUGUUGGAGUAUUUUAUGAUUCAAGCCUUAAAUCAGAAGACAAGUGAAAAAAUGAAGAAAAGGAAAAUGAGCAGCUCAUUUCAUGGAAUUAGACCACCUCAGCUUGAACAACCAGAAAAAAUGCCUGUCUUAAAGGCCGAAGCAUCACAUUAUAAUUCUGAUUUACAUAACUUGUUGUUCUGCUGCCAGUGUGUGGACGUGGUAUUCUACAACCCAGAUUUAAGGGAAGUUGUAGAGGCCCACAAGAUCGUUCUCUGUGCUGUAAGCCACGUUUUCAUGCUGCUUUUCAAUGUGAAGAGUCCCACUGACAUUCAGGAUUCCAGUAUCAUCCGGACUGCCCAGGAUCUCUUUGCUAUAAACAGAGACCCUGUAUUUCCAGGUGCCGGCCAGGAGUCACCUGGCAACCCACCAUUACGAGUCGUCGUUAAGGACGUCCUCUUCUGCUCUUGUUUAUCAGACAUCCUGCGCUUCAUUUAUUCAGGUGCUUUUCAAUGGGAAGAAUUGGAAGAAGAUAUCAGGAAGAAGUUGAAAGAUUCUGGGGAUGUCUCAGAUGUAAUUGAGAAGGUUAAAUGCAUUUUAAAAACACCAGGAAAGAUUAACUGCCUAAGGAAUUGCAAAACUUAUCAAGCCAGAAAACCUCUGUGGUUUUAUAACACUUCCCUCAAGUUUUUCCUUAAUAAACCUAUGCUUGCUGAUGUUGUCUUCGAAAUACAAGGUACAACGGUGCCAGCCCACAGGGCCAUCCUGGUGGCCCGCUGUGAAGUGAUGGCAGCCAUGUUUAAUGGUAAUUACAUGGAAGCAAAGAGUGUUCUGAUUCCAGUUUAUGGUGUUUCCAAAGAGACUUUUCUGUCAUUUUUAGAGUAUCUAUACACAGACUCCUGCUGCCCAGCUGGCAUUUUCCAGGCCAUGUGUCUCCUGAUCUGUGCUGAGAUGUACCAGGUGUCCAGACUGCAGCAUAUCUGUGAGCUUUUCAUCAUCACACAGCUGCAGAGCAUGCCAAGUCGGGAGCUGGCUGCCAUGAACCUGGAUAUAGUUGACCUGCUCAAAAAAGCCAAGUUUCACCACUCCGAUUGCCUUUCUACCUGGCUGCUUCAUUUCAUUGCCACUAACUACCUCAUCUUCAGUCAAAAGCCUGAAUUUCAGGACCUUUCAGUGGAAGAACGCAGUUUUGUUGAAAAACACAGAUGGCCAUCGAAUAUGUACUUGAAACAGCUUGCAGAAUACAGGAAGUAUAUCCACUCCCGGAAAUGUCGCUGCCUAGUAAUGUAACCUGGAGCUUUUAUAUACAUACACUUUCUUUUUAAAUUAUUAUUAUGAAGAAUGGGAUACCACUGGGUUCCAGAAAAAUUCUCAUGACUGAAAACAAUGUGGGAGUUAAAAAAGAAAUCACCAUACAGGUCAAUGUGAUUAUUAGUUCUCUUUGAAUAAAUGAUAGUGGUCUUAAAAGGGAGCAAGAUAUACCAUAGGCUAGAACUAAGGCCUUAACCUAAUGUAGAAAGCCAUGGUAAGUUACUUUUUCCCUUUAAGAGGCCCUGUUGCUUCGAUGAUAAGAAGAUCUCCCAGUUAAGAAAUGUUUAAAUUAAAAAAAAAAAAAAAAUCACAUAGGAUUAAUGCAGAAAUUUCAUCAUGUCUAAUUCCUCUAUUAAAAUAAGGGGCAUUUAAAGACCCAGUAUGACUGUUUAUAGAAUGAGAAAUCUAUGAGAAGAUGAUCAGCCUAACAUGAGAUUUUAGGAAUAGAAAUUUGCCUGAGAUUUUGAAAGUGAAAUGCCACUUAGUUCCAAAUCAGUGACAGUGUUUGAAGCUAUCAUGAAAAAAAGAAGGUGGACUGGACCACCUUGUCUCGUCCCGGGGGUUCUGAUUAGGCAGGAAACCUAACAGCGCUGGGUCCAUGGGUCUGUAGUCUCUGUGGUCACACAGGGCUCCAUGCUUAGAAGAGCCCCUGCCUUGGCUCACAGCUCCAUCAUCACCGUCUUGAAAUUCUUAAUGUUUGAACAAAGAGCUCCGAGUCUUCAAUUUGCAGUGGGCUGCCUAAAUUAUGUAUAUUUCGUGGAAGGAAAUAUAAUACGUUUUCAUGCUCAAACAGGAUUCUCUCUGAAAGCAGAUAAGAGGGGAUGAUAAUCAAGGGAAAGGAAGGAGGUGCACGCUGGAGGGAGGAGCACAUGAUGGAAUUGCCUCCUUUGAGGAAGCCUGUACCACCAAGGGCCUCCACUACCCCCGGGCUGGCAAGUGAGAAGUACAUCGAAUGCCAUCUUAGCUUUGAAAUAGUUCUUGCUCUAGAUCGUUCUGUAAGACCAGGAUGUCGGUAAGAGUGAUUGACCAGUGUGGCCUUUAUACCCAUUUAAAAAGAUGCUUGUAAGAAAUGAUGCUUUAGAGAAUUUGUUGAGUUCAAGACUUUCUUGUAUUAAUGUAUUUACUAAGAGUAGGAUGUCAGUGGCUUGAAUUGUUUGAAUUAUUUGAUAAGGAGUAGCAUGAAUCUUGUCCUUUAAGAUAACUCACUAAGUUAAAAGAAAGGAUAUAUAAAUCAAAGACUUGGUACAUGUAGAGAAAAUGGUACUAAAAUAGCAGACAGAAUUGUAGUUUCACUUGUAUCCCAUGCCUGUAGAAAUAAUUACACCGGAAGCUCACCAUCCUAGAGAUGGGAAACCAGAUUAUUAUUUAUUGUUAGCAUCAUUUCCAUCUGUAAUUCAGUAUUAGAAUAUGUUUUUUUCAAUUUCCAGUGAUGUUAGCAUAUGCAUACCUUUCCACCUGUUCACAGGUUUGAUUAGUUUUGUACUAUAGUAUUAGGUCACAAACAGUUAGCCCUUGAGUGUGUAUCAAUACUUGCAGAGUAAAACAGUAAAAACUCCCUACUGGUAGCCUCCAAGAAACCUGAUUUUAAUUAGACUGUGUUGAUGAAGAUUACCGAAAUGCACUGUGUUUUUUUUUGUUUUUGUUUUAAUCAACUAUUUACAAAUCCCAUUUGACAAGAUUAGUACUGUAAAGAAUAGAUACCAUAGUAAACUCUAGGAAUUCAUUCACGUUUAAGAACUUUUAAACACACAGUUGUAGCCUUUCCUUCUUCAAAAGCAUAUUCUUUCUAUAUGAAUUAUAACAUUUAAAAUUCUAAAUCAGUAACUUUUAAUCUAGGAAGUGGAGAAAUAUAAUUUCUAAAGCAAACUAAAGUAUUUUCUUGAAAAUACUAUUUAAUGUUUAAAUAGACUGUAGGUAGUUUUUUAGAUUGGUUGAUCUAAGUGGGAGUUGGGUUUGGAAGCUGGUGUUCCAUUGGUGUUGAGCAUGUAGUUACAGACUUUUUUUUUUUAAUGAAAGUUCUUACCACCUUGUGUGAGAGAGUUUAACACCCAGAUAUGACAGCUGUCCAGAGCUAGUCAGAACAGUAAUCAAGUUAGUUUUUAAACCUGUUUGGAUGUAGACUCUUUAAAUAUCUUUGAAUUUAUACAAUUUAAAACAAUAAGAAAUUUAAAAAUACUUAAAGACUAUCUUGAGACAUCAGUGCGUUUUUUUUUUUUUAUUGAAAGAUUAUUUCUAGACGGAUAUAUGCCUUGUGCUGAUCUCUGCUUCAAUAUAUUUAUCAACCAUUUUAGUUAGAGGAGAUACAGUAUGUUAGAAAUAAGACCUUUUUUUUCUGGGCCAGGUUUCCAUCCCAUUUAACUCUUUGUAUACCUCUAACUACUCUGUACUCUUAUUAAUAGGAGACUAGACUUCUAAUAGAGAAGUUUCAGCAACAUAACUGAAAUUCACCUUGGUCCAAGCCAGCAUGAUGAUGGCUUCCUACUGCGUAAUAGCAGAAGACAGAAAUUGGAUAAAUUUGACUUUCAAGAGAGCUAACCGUUUCAACUGUUUAAAAAUGACACUACACUGAUACAGUUAGACAAAAAUGUCUUAAAGAGUACUUUAUUUUAUUUAAAGCAUCUGUUUCAACCUUUAAUAAUUUUGCAAAGAAGGGUAUGUGUGUAUUUUAAUAUAGCCUGACCUGAAUUUAUAUGUUUUUAGAUUUAGUAUUUAACAUUUUGUAACAAAUAAACUUUUUUUUUUUAAAACAAGUUUAAAAUAAUGUACUGUGGUUAUUUUACCUUGGAUGUUGAAGUGCUGCGGUGGAUUUGAAACAUAGCACAUUGCAUAA